AUGCCUGAUUCUACAGCGACAAGGACUUAUGUAUUGCCACAACCACCAGUGGUGGCGGAUGCCAAGGAGAACGUAGCAGGAUUGGGUGGUGAACGGAUUGUAGGUUUUUCGUGUCUAAGAAGGACUAAUGUGCCGAUUACUGCACCUCGGAAGCUCUCAAUGGGGAGCUCAGUGGUGCCACAAACAGCUCCAAGAGGAUUUGUAGGAACUAAGGAGAAUGGGCAAGAAUUGGAUACUGUUUCGGAGAAACCUGAUAUUGGUAGUAGGAUUCUUGUUUUUGUGAGGCUUAGGCCUAUGGGGAAGAAGGAGAGAGAGGCUGGAUCAAGGUAUUGUGUUCAGACUGUCAACAGAAGGGAUGUUUAUUUGACGGAUUUCGCGAAUGAGCAUGAUUAUCUGAGGCUAAAGAGGCUUCGUGGGCGGCAUUUUAGCUUCGAUGGUUCAUUUCCUGAUUCAGCAACUCAACAGGAAGUCUAUUCCACAACAACAGUAAAGCUUGUGGAAGCAGUUCUGCAGGGAAGGAAUGGAUCAGUCUUCUGCUAUGGUGCAACAGGAGCUGGGAAGACGUACACAAUGCUUGGUACAGUGGAGAGUCCAGGGGUGAUGGUUUUGGCAAUAAAAGAUAUUUUCAACAAAGUUAGGCAGAGAAGCUUUGAUGGAAACCAUUUGAUUCAUCUAUCCUAUCUUGAGGUUUACAAUGAAACUGUCAAAGACUUGCUUUCCCCAGGGAGGCCUCUGGUACUUAGAGAAGAUAAACAGGUAAUAGCAUUGCUUCAAAAAGGAAACCAGAAUCGAAUGACUGAACCAACUCGUGCCAAUGAGACUUCUUCGCGCUCCCAUGCUAUUUUGCAGGUUGUGGUUGAAUACCGAGUUAAAGAUGCUUCCAAUAACAUCGUCAAUCGAGUGGGAAAGCUGUCACUUAUUGACCUUGCUGGUUCGGAGAGAGCUCUAGCUACGGACCAGAGAAACCUUCGAUCACUUGAGGGAGCCAACAUUAAUAGGUCUCUCCUUGCACUGAGCAACUGCAUUAAUGCCCUCGUUGAAGGCAAGAAACACAUCCCAUACCGCAAUUCAAAGCUCACCCAACUGCUCAAGGACUCUCUUGGGGGAGCUUGUAACACUAUAAUGAUUGCUAAUAUCAGCCCAAGCAAUCUCUCAUUUGGUGAAACCCAAAACACCCUUCAUUGGGCUGAUCGAGCCAAGGAGAUCCAAAACAAGGUUUCGUCUUCUCAGCUGCUCAAUAUUUCUCCUUCAUUCUUUUGCUUUACGGUCUUGGCAUGUUAUGCAAACGAGGAAAUAAUGCAAAUACCAACAUCUGAAACAGACCAAGCCAAGGUAUUACUUGAGUUGCAGAAAGAGAAUCGUGAAUUGAGAAUACAAUUGGCUCACCAGCAAAAGAAGCUUCUAACUGUCCAAGCUCAAUCAUUGACCGCAAAUGUCCCACCAACCCCUUCUACGAUUUCAUCCCUUUUAUCUACUCCAUCUUCUAGGCAUUCUAAUGACAAACAGAAGCUGAGAUCCCCCUUCUUAGCUGGUAAUUGUUUCAUGCCAGAAUCAAUGAAAAAGGCAGCGGACGAGGCAGGUAAAGAGCUCAGGCAGACUGUGAAGGCAUUAGAGGCAGAGAUUGGGAGAAUGAAGAAGGAUCAUGCAUUGCAGAUAAAGAAGAAAGAUGAUUUUAUACGUGAACUUUCACGUAAGGUAGCAACAGCAGCUGGAGUGGGAAGGGAAGGGUUGAAGAGGGUUGUUACCAGGACGAGCUUGCAACCAAAAGAGCCACUUGAGGGUGAGUUGAAGAGCCCAAGCCACCGGCUCUUAUCUCCUCCACCCACAGCUAAAAAACGGAGCUUUUGGGACGUAACAGUUAAUAGCCCAUCAGUUGCCACAUUAAAUGGAAGAAAAACUAGAAGCCAUGUUGCUAAUGAACCAGCAGCGGCUCCCUCAUUGCUUCUUCAGGUGGAGUGA